AUGAGAGCCAACCACCCUGCCAUAAACCUACAUCCUUUAGGCAAAAGAUUAAAUCUCACAAGUUUAAUUAGAUUACCAAAGCAUCAAAAUUUGGAUACCUGCAUAGCCUGCGUAAAUUGUCUUGCCGGUUGUCCUUAUAAUGCCAAGAAUUCUACAGACAAAAAUUAUCUUGAAUCAGCAACUCAGGCAGGAUGUACUAUCAGGACAGAGCGUGGAGUUCAGUUCGUAAUUAAGAAUCCAUUCGAAGUAGGCCGAGACGAUGAUAUCGGUGGAAGAAGGUGGUUUGUGUACUUCAAUAAGAUCGAUUACAUAAAAGAUGAUUUCGUGAUCCUGUCAGCGGGAGUUUUCGGCACAACUGCAAUACUUUUCAAAUCACGAAUAAGAGGAUUAAAACUUUCAGAGGCACUUGGUUCUGGAUUCAGUUGCAAUGGUAAUAAUGUUGCUUAUCUUGCUGGAAGCUCAGGACCUUUGAAUGCCUAUGGAUUAGAUAGAAAACAACUAUCGAAUAUACCAAUUCGAGCAAGGCCUGGACCAUCGAUCUAUUCAUAUUACUCUUCUUCAUUGGGUUUCACAAUCCAGAGUGCUGUACUUCCUACUGCUUAUCCUUACAUCUUGUUUAAAGGGAUUACGACAUUUGGAUGGCCGACUGGUUACUGGUUCUUUCAUGGUGUUAUUGAUAAGCUGAAACAUUUCAUAGGUUCUAAGUCAAGCCAAGCAAUGGUGCUCAAUGAAAUGGGGCAUGACAAGAGUAAUGGGAAAAUCACAUUCAAUCAGGAAAUCGAUAAAAUUCGCUUUAAUCCACCCCAUGACCCUUUGCUACCACGAAAAAGUUGA